AUGGUUCAAGGUGUUACAGAAAAAUGUCCAGCAUACAGUGCAUUUUUUGGAGCUAUGGGCGCAACUGCUGCCAUUGUAUUUAGCGCACUGGGUGCUGCUUAUGGUACAGCAAAAUCUGGUUGUGGUAUAUCAGCAAUGGCUGUCAUGAGACCAGAAUUUAUAAUGAAAUCGGUUAUUCCAGUUGUAAUGGCUGGUAUUAUCGCUAUUUAUGGUCUAGUCGUUGCGGUCCUAAUUGCAAAUAAUAUUCAAGGAGAAGGUUAUGGACUAUUCAAAGCAUUCUUGCAAUUAGGAGCUGGUUUAUCUGUUGGUUUGUCCGGUUUAGCGGCUGGUUUUGCAAUUGGAAUUGUUGGAGAUGCAGGAGUUCGUGGCACAGCUCAACAACCUCGAUUAUAUGUUGGUAUGAUAUUGAUUCUUAUUUUUGCUGAAGUAUUAGGUUUAUAUGGUUUAAUUGUGGCCUUGAUAUUGACAACGAAAAAUCAACCUGGGUGUGAUUAG